CACCGGUCUGAAGAGUAAAAACAGCAGCAUCUAACGUGGACGAGCAGCAGAGAGACACCGGGGCGCUUUAAAGAGUUCACUUUUAUUUAUAUAUUUAUCUAUUUGUUUGUUUGAGCAUUGUUUAUUUCUAUCAUGAUGAACGGAGUGACGAGAAGCCUUUGCACAUUUGAGGACAUCAGAAACCAAGAGCAUGGGGAGGGGUGCAGGCGACUGCGGCUCACUCUGCACGACCAGAGGCAGGCGGCUCAGAACACGGAGCAGUACAGGGACAAGCCAAUUGGACGUGCUUUCGCGCUGGUGCAGCCGCCCACUGACCGGACUUCUCCCAACCUCGAACCGGUCAAAUCUACAGACGAGCAGGUGGAGGUUAUCAAGGUUUAUCUAGAGGCCCGCAGACAAGAGCAGCAGAAACACCAGGAGAACCUGAAGAUGCUGUCAGACGAAGUUACCCAGAUACAGGAGGUGAGGUAUUGCCUGAAGACGCUGAGGGAGCAGAUGGCAGCCAAAAACAAGUCGCUCACAAGUGGGUGGAAAGUUGGUCUUCCCUUCAGAAAGAGCGCCCCGUCGUCCCAAAACGGAGGGCCUAAAGCUGACUCUCAGGAAGCAGAUGAAGAAGCCGAGAGCGCCAAGCUGAGGGAGGUCAGUAAGCGCUUAUAUGCACAGCUACAGGAAGCAGAAAAGAAACACCAAGAGGACAAAGAGAGGAUGCAGGCUGAAAGCAUCAGGCUGAGAGAGCGUCUGAACGACGAGGAGGAGAAGUUGAAGGUCACACAAGAAGCCAGCGAGGGGAAGGACCAGCGCAUAGACGAGCUCCAGAGGUUGCUGGGAGGGAUGGAGCAGGAGAGCUCCACCCUGCGAGAGGCGAUAAGCAACCGCGAGGACGAACUCCGCGAGCUGCGCAAGUUCAGAGAGGAGGGCCAGAAAGGGGAUCAGAGGGCUGAGCAGUUGGAGAGGGAGGUGGCUAUUCUCAGAGAGAAGAUCCACCAUCUGGAUGACAUGCUGAAAAGCCAACAAAGAAAAGUCCGACACAUGAUUGAACAGCUCCAGAACUCUCGCAUGGUGAUCCAGGAGAGGGACCGUGUGAUCAAAGAGCUUGAGGAGAAAGUGGCUUUCUUGGAGGCUGAGAACCGAGAGAUGCAUGACCAGAUGGAUUACUUCCUGGGAGGACAAAGGUCAAAUUCCUACCUUUCAUCAGAGCGCAACCCCCAGAUCGUCUAUAGUAAACCAAUCAAGCCGUCCACCUCCUCCAACAAACCACUCCCUUUCAUCAAAGUCAUUGAGAUCAGGUCAUGAAGCGACUGUGCAGAAGAGAGAAAUCUUUGCAAUGCAGACUAAAACUAAACAGCAGCUCUACGACCGCAUCUGAUCGCUUUAAUAGUUGUAGUGUCAGAGUUGAGCUUCCUGGACUGUAACCACAACACUACCACUGAAACCACAAACAAGCCUGAAGGAAACUGUGUGGUGUUUGGCAGCACGCACACAUCAGGGCUUGUGUGUGUCUUUGCAUAAUGAAUGAGUAAGUGUCAGCUCUAAUGUAGAUUCAUUAAGCGUACUGAUUAAGCCGAUGUGCAUUUGAAGUUUAUAACUGUAAUAUUGCGUACUGUAUGCAAGUGUUUCCUUGUGCUGCCCUGUUUUGAUUGCUUUUCAAACCUUUGAGUUUAUGACGAUUUGGCGUUGUAUCAAAACAGAACUUUUGAGCAAAGUGCAGGUUGGCAGACUUAUUGCCAAAGUGGGUUAUGACAUUAUAAAGUUCAUAUACAGUAAUGUAGCAAACAUAGCUAACUAAGCUAAAACUUUCAUGUAAAAGUCAUUAACCAGAUAAUCUUCUUCCUGUGUACUCAUUAAUCACUCACCCAUCAGUCUGUUCACUUUGCAGAGUGAACAGGAAAAUGCUUAAAACAUGCAAAUACUGCCUAUAGUUUAUUGUUUAAAGUAAACACCCUGUGAUGUUUUUAAAUACAUAAUAUGGUUUUUUAUUAUGUAUUUAUGUGCCCCCCCAACAACAGACACUUCAUAACUGCAAGGAAGCAGAAGGAAAAGUUAUUACUUGAUGGAAGUGUCACUAUUCUACAUUUCAGUUCACUCUCGUUCUGUAAAUAGCAAGCAUGUUUUGUACAUAAUUUUAAAGAAUGUGAUUUAAUGUUUUGAUUUCUACCUAACAACUUUCUCCUUUGUAUUUAUUUAUAUAUUAAAAAAGACAUUAGACAGACUGUGUGAUAGGAGGCUUUUUUAUGAAGUACAUUUAAUCUAUUAAUGUAUCUGUGUUUGUGGAUGUCAGAAUAAAUAACUGAAAAUAAA